CCGCCUCAAUCCCGCUCCCCUUCACCCCCCGCCGCUCCCCCGCUCCCCUCCACCCCAGGCCCCCGCGCCGCUGCCCUCCAAUCCGCCUUCGACCGUGCCCUCGCCGCAACCCUCUCCAAGCUCACGCCCACCAAUUUCGCCGCAUGCUUCCCGACCAUCGCGCAGAAUCGACCGGAGAUGCUGGACACAUUCAGUCGCGAUUUCUCGGGGAAGUUGGAGGCUGUGUGUAAGGCGCAAUUCGAGCAGAUUCUUCAGGAGCGGUCGGUGGUUUCGAGUUUGAAUGCGCUGGACGCGCUGCUUGAGGACGCGAAGAGGAGAAAGGCGCGGGCCGAAGCCACCGCGCCGGACGGCCAAGUCGAAGCUCCGAUUCCUCCGCACACCCUUCCCGCCUCCCAGCUCCUCCUCACCAACCUCUCCCCCUUCCUCAAAUCGCAACACGAGAGCCUGACGAACGAGCUCGCGGCGGUGCAGGCGCAGAACAAGGACAUGGCGGCGCAUGUCGGCCGGCAGCGGGAGGAGAUGGCGGACAUGGUCGCGGGGCUGGAGCGGUUCGUGGCCGACCUGGAAGAAGCG